GCGCCCCCCUCCUCCCUCCUCCCCCCUCGGCUUCAAAACAAACCGUCACCAAAAUGGUGCAGAGGUGAAGGAGGGAGCGGGAGGAAGGGGAAGAGGUGGCGGCUCGGCCUGGGCGCUGCGGGGACAGUUGGAUUGAGGAGCGGUGGCUGCAGCUCAUCCCUGCCAGGAGCAGAAGAUGCAGGAGGCUGCGUAGCAGGUUUCUGAGCAGCUGCUGACGUCUCACCCCGCUGGAUCUGGCUGUGCAGGACGGUACCAUGAACUGAGCACGCAGCUGCGCCAAACUUUUUUUUUUUUUUUUUUUGGCUUUUUUUUGGGUUUGUUUUCCGCCCGAGAGAAAAGCCCCCCAGGCUCUUUGAUGCAAGCAUUCUGAAGUGAGGUUGCUGCUCCCCUCCCUGAGCCCAAGUGGUCCCGGCUGUGCUGAGGAUUUCCCGAGAAGAUGGGGAGGAAAAAGAUCCAGAUCCAGCGGAUCACGGACGAGCGCAACCGGCAGGUGACCUUCACCAAGCGCAAGUUCGGCCUGAUGAAGAAAGCCUACGAGCUGAGCGUGCUGUGCGACUGUGAGAUCGCCCUCAUCAUCUUCAACCACUCCAACAAGCUGUUCCAGUAUGCCAGCACCGACAUGGACAAGGUGCUGCUCAAGUACACCGAGUACAACGAGCCCCACGAGAGCCGGACCAACGCCGACAUCAUCGAGACGUUAAGAAAGAAAGGUUUUAACGGCUGUGACAGCCCAGAGCCCGACGGCGACGACUCCAUAGACCAGAGCCCCUUGAUGGAGGAUAAAUACCGCAAAGGCAGCGAGGAUCUGGAUAUCCUGUUCAAGAGAUAUGGUUCCACAGUGCCCGCUCCGAACUUCGCCAUGCCCGUGACGGUGCCGGUGACCAACCAGAACUCGCUGCAGUUCAGCAACCCGGGCAGCUCGCUGGUCACCCAGUCCCUGGUGACCUCCUCGCUGACAGACCCCCGGCUCCUGUCCCCGCAGCAGCCAGCCUUGCAGAGGAACACGGUGUCCCCAGGGCUGCCGCAGCGGCCAGCCAGCGCAGGGGCGAUGCUCGGGGGAGACCUGAACAACACGAAUGGAGCCUGCCCAAGCCCCGUGGGAAACGGCUACGUGAGUGCCAGGGCCUCUCCGGGGCUCCUGCCCGUGUCCAACGGCAGCAGCCUGGGCAAGAUCAUCCCGGCCAAGUCGCCGCCGCCGCCGGGGGCGCACGGCGCGCCGCUGGCAGCCAACAGCCGCAAGCCCGACCUGCGAGUCAUCACCUCGCAGGGCAGCAAGGGGCUGAUGCACCACCUGACCGAGGACCACCUGGCUCUGCAAAACACACAGCGCUUGGGUGUCUCUCAAGCAACUCACUCUCUGACCACACCAGUCGUUUCCGUGGCGACUCCGAGUCUGCUGACACAGGGGCUGCCCUUCUCAGCCAUGCCCACGGCCUACAACACAGAUUAUCAGCUGACGAGCGCUGAGCUCUCCUCGCUGCCGGCCUUCAGCUCACCUGGAGGGCUGUCCCUUGGCAACAUCUCUGCUUGGCAGCAGCAGCAACAGCAGCAACAGCAGCAGCAGCAGCAACAGCAGCAGCAGCAGCAGCAGCAACAGCCGCAGCAGCAGCCGCAGCAGCCGCAGCAGCAGCCGCAGCAGCAGCACCUGGUCCCGGUGUCACUAGGAAACUUAAUACAAGGGAGUCACUUGUCCCACACCACCACUUUGACUGUCAACACCAACCCCAACAUCAGCAUCAAGUCCGAGCCCGUCUCACCCAACCGGGAGAGGAACACUGCCACCCCGCUCAGCACCUUCCCCCACCAGCCCCGCCACGAGCCCACCGGCCGCUCGCCCGUCGACAGCCUCAGCAGCAACACCAGCUCCUACGAGGGCAGCAGCGAGCGGGACGACCCCGCCCGCCCCGAUUUUGGCUCCUCCCUGGGCCUCCUGCGGGCCAGCAGCGAGCCCGAGGGGGAGAGCCCCUCCGUAAAGCGCAUGCGGUUGGAUACCUGGGUCACAUAACGGGUCCCCGGCAUCCCUGGGAGCUCCAGAGGGGCUGGGAGGGGUGGGGGAGGG